UUGCAGUGUUAAAGAAAGUGAAAACAAGAUCCUGGAUCCGGCCUUUUGUCGGCCCUCGCACCAAAAUGUUUUGGGUUCUUCCCGGUGCCAGGCGCCAUCCGUCCCUCGAGGUUGUUGGUUGUGUGGUUUUUGCGUAAAUCCUGCCAACAAAUCAACCAACAGGUGAAAGCGUAACGUCCCAGGCGGAGGUAGAAGUACGAGGAAGCAGUGGAUUCAUCUGCUGAAGGAGCUUUGUGAAAGACGGACUGAGAGGCUGCAUGUCUGAGGGGAGCUGAGGUCAUGAUGGAGGGAAUAAUAGGCGUCCUGAAAAUGAAAAGGGGCGAGUUAAUCCGCUGAGUGUUGGGCGACGGAGGAUUUGACGAGACAAGGGGCCGGAGUGAUGUGCAGAGAGAAAACAGGCUUCUCUAAGCUGCUCUUUUUCCUGGUGUCUCUUUUGGAGAGCCAAGGUGACGGUGAGCCCGUCCAGCACCGUGGGAAGCAGCAGGAGAUUUGAGUGGCGAUAGUGAGCGAAGGCUCAAAAAGAGGAAACAAGCGGAGCUUUGGCUCGUCUCCGGGUCUCCAUGGUGGCUGCUGCUGAGCUCCCGUCCUCUCCAGACAUGUGUCGCCCAUUGUUCUCCCUCGUUUUCUGCUCUCCGACCUAGCAACAGAUCCCCAGAAUACUCAGAGUGACUGCAGGAGUGUGGAUGUGCUCGGAGAUGUAUAGAGGGAGUUGUUGAUGAAGUGACACCAUGACGACAGAAAUGCAGGAGAUCGCCAUCACGGAGGAGAAGCCUUUACUCACGGGUCAGGCUGACUCCACCAAGGACGCUGAACUGGUGGCGAGGAUUCUCCUGGACCAGGGCCAGACGCUCUCUUGUUCUCUGCAGGAGCACAGUGUGGAGACCCCUCAUGGCGUUCUGCACGUCACCCUCCACGGAACACGAACCACCCGCAGGCCGGCGAUCCUCACCUUCCACGACGUGGGCCUGGACAGUAAGAGCUGCUUCUCUCACCUGUUCAAGUUCGAGGAGAUGCAGGAGAUCGUGAAGAACUUCACCCUGAUUCAUAUUGAUGCUCCGGGACAGGAGGAGGGGGCUGCUGGCUACCCCGCCGGAUACCAGUACCCCCCCAUGGACACCAUCGCAGAGAUGAUUCCUGCCGUCCUCCAGUUCUUCAACUUCCGUACUGUGAUCGGAGUGGGGGUGGGAGCAGGAGCCUACAUCCUGUCCAAGUUCACACUGGCGAACCCGGACUCGGUGGAGGGUCUGGUUCUGAUCAACAUCGACACCAACGCUCGUGGAUGGAUCGACUGGGCCGCUCAGAAGCUCAGCUCUGUGACGUCCUCGCUCACCGAGCAGAUCCUGUCCCACCUUUUCAGUCAGGAGGAGCUGUCGUCAAACACCGAUCUGGUGCAGUCUCACCGAGAGCGAAUCUCCAAAGCUUCUAAUCUGGUGAACAUCGAGCUGCUGUGGAAGACGUACAACAGUCGCAGAGACUUGAACAUCGACCGCAGCAGCACCUUCAAGUGUCCAGUGAUGUUGGUGGUGGGGGAUCAGGCUCCGUACGAGGACGCCGCUGUGGAGUGCAACAGCAAACUGGACCCAACGACGACCUCGUUCCUAAAGAUGGCCGACGCCGGUGGUCUCCCGCAGUUGACCCAGCCGGCGAAACUGACUGAGGCGUUCAAGUACUUUAUCCAGGGCAUGGGCUACAUGGCUUCGUCUUGCAUGACCCGCCUCUCUCGCUCCCGCACCACCUCCCUCUCCUCCUCCUACUCCAUGGAUGGGUCUCGCUCUCGCUCCCGCACCCUGUCGCAGGGCUCGCAGGGCGGCCAGAUGCCGCCGAGCCCCUCCCAGACGAUGGAGGUGUCCUGCUGAAGACAUAGUUAGAGAGAGAGAGUGAGUGAGUGAGAAAGAGAAAGAGAAGAGGGUGAUGGUGGAAGGAAGGGAAAGACAAAGCAUUACAAUAACACAGGAACAAGACGAAUGGGUUUCUUAUUUGUCAGUAAACGACUCCCAUCAUUCCCCAGAAGAGCAGAAUGGGAGCAGAGGGAGGGAGGAAGAGGGGGGGAAGAAGACGACUUUUUGCACCACACAGACGUCCAGUCCUUCUCCUCACAUCCCCCCUUCCAGCUGAAAACAAAAUGGAUCGGGUGGUUCUACGAUAAAAAUAUAAGACGUGCAGGGAGAUUAGAACCAAAGGGGGGAGGUGCACUGCUCUCUGCCUCCCUCUGCUGGAGCCUGUCGGCCGUUAGAGCCCUUUAAUUAAAACGAGGAGCGUCGUCUGUAGCGACCACAAAUCCUUCGGGUUCACUAAUAGUAAUAAUUCUGAAAACGGUGUACUGUUGUUGAUGCUAAUGAUCAUAUUGUCAAUGAUGAUGAAGCUGAUGAUGACGAUGUUAUAGGAAAAAAAUAACACAUUUCUCUUUAUUACGCAAUGAAUUUUAAAAUAACAUAAAAAAAGAUACUAUAGAAGAGAUACUUAUAACAACAAUGUGUGUCUACUACUUUUUAAGCUAGUUUUUAUUGUGUUAUUUUUAUUUCUUUGAAUUUUAUUUUCUUAUUUGUAACGUGUGUCCGCGAGGGGCCCGAAGCUGCUGAUUGGUUACGUGGUAACAGCCAAUGAGAGUCAUUAGAGUGACUACUUCCUGCUUGACGCUGCCGGGUUGUUCAUGUCUUCCAUUUGCCCCGUACGUGAGUGACUUGUUCUGUUUUCACUUUCGAUCGGAGGAUGGAAGUUUUUAUUUUCCGGAAGUUGCUGAGUGGUUAAUAUUUUUCUUUUAUAUUCUGCUUACGAGCUGCGUGGGUUUGUGUGAGAGUGUGUGUUGUGUUGAUGGAUGAACGUGUCGGCAGGUCAGCGCAGGUGAGACUCAGGGUGUUUGUGCGCUAAAGCUAGCUAGCACCCUAUUGUUAACACUAGUCGCACACUAAAAAGUGCUUCCAACGUCGCUGGCCGGUCUUGAACUGCGCGUCCAAAUAUCUGCACUCGUGUUCUACCCACCAGGGGGCGUGACAUCACUAAGUAGCGAGCGAGUCGGAUAUUGCAUUGCAGUACCAGACGUGGCCAGAUGGGAUCACUGUGUUGGUCAACUGGGUUGUAACUUCUUAGCCUUGCCCGUGCAUGGAUACCUCCGAACAAACCCAGCUAGCCUACUUGAGUUCAUGUGCGAUGUGAGAGGAACGUACGUUAUGUCCGGCAAAAAUAGGCUUUAUUCAACCAGUAGGGUCGGGAGAGAUGUGUGUGUGUGUGUUUGUGUAAGAAAGUAAAUGUGAGGUGUGUGUGUGUUUUCUGUAAGCACAGUUCACGAAGAGGAGAAAAGGUCUUUUAGAGAAUAGAGACGAUCCAUUGGGAUUUUUUGGGGCCGAAGCCAAAAUUUCCCAGCAUCAAUAUCUUGGCUGAUACAUACUAAAAAUAAAAUUGUCAGUAACUAAAUGUCGUCAUCAAGCACCAAUGAUCGUGAACCGAUCUGGAAAAAGCAAACGCACUGCCAAACGGAAAAAUCCCGAAAACACUGAGAUUAUUCUAGCAGCAGAAAAUGCUGUGAGACAAAAAUCAAUUCCAUGAUCCUUCUACGUUGUUGAUGAUUCCACACAAAGCUUCGCACUGCCCUGUGACGUGUAGCCGUCACACCGACCUGUUUCCAAUCACGAGAAUCCUCGGAGCGAAUGUGCUUUUGUUUUUUACUUCUGUGCACGAUGUCUUUGUUCCAUUUUCUUGUGAAGAAGCAGAAUCAUUGUUAUGAGUCCGUUGUUUUGUUGUUUUUAAUUAAAAACGUGUCUGAUGAAGCAGAGCCAUGAUCUUGAUGAAGUCGUUGGAGGGUCUCAGAUUUGUGCUCGGGACGUAUUGACGAUGACGAUUUGCACCGACCACGUGGUAACGAUCGUUUUUCCGAUGUGGUGUCCAAACCGAGCCGCCUCCGUGUUCUCGGCCCCGUCCAGAGGGAUGAGAUGUAGAAUGUAAAUGCCCCCCCCGACACUGACAGGAGAACUCCAACAAUUGGGCACGGAAACUUUUACCAAACAAGUGACAACGGGUGGAGCAGAGAUAUGAAAUUGCCAAAUAAAGGAGCGGUGCUUCUUUUGCCGAGUGGAGCAGGGCUGUGUGAUUGUAAAUGCUCGUCCAUUUUGUCUUUGUUCAUCUCUUAAUUUUGACUUUGAUCACAGUUUUCUUUCCCCACGUCUACGUGUUGGAAUUCAUUUCUCUGUGAAGUGUUAGUUUACCGUCCCGAUGUGCUCACAAGUUAGUGUGUGAUAGUUCUUGUGUAACUUUUUUAGCAUUAGCACUGAUAAGGGAGAAUAAUAUAAGUAAAAGUAAAAAAUAAUGUAAAGAGAAUACAAUCACAUUUAAUUGUGUGGCUAAUUUUUCUGUGUAACACAAUAAACAUCCUGAAAAAGUCAAACUUAAAUAUUAAUAAAAGCUGAAGAGAAA